AUGGCAGGUUUUACGGAAAAUGCUUUAAUUCGAAAAUUGCAAGAUUUGAACUCGAGCCAACAAAGUAUUCAAACGUUGUCCCUGUGGCUUAUACAUCAUAGAAAACACCAUGCUGCUGUUGUUAAAACAUGGUAUAAGGAGUUGCUAAAAGUAAAAGAUAGCAAACAGUUAACAUUUAUGUACCUCGCAAAUGAUGUAAUACAAAAUAGUAAGAAGAAAGGUCCGGAAUAUGGGAAAGAGUUUGGAGAGGUGUUAUUAGAUGCAUUUAAAUUGAUGGCUAAAACUGGGAUCAAUGAAAAGACUAAACAUUCUUUGCACCGAAUACUUGGUAUUUGGGAGGAAAGAGGUGUUUAUGAUGCAAAGAAAAUUCAAGAAUUUAAAAAUGCAGUUGAUCCAAAUGAUGCAAUACCAAAAAAAGUUAGUAAAAGAAAAUCUACCGAUGUCGACAAUAAGAGUCAAGGAAAAAAGCAAAAGACAGAGAAGACUGAAAAAACAGAAAAGCGUAGAUAUAGCGAGACAAAGAUUGAGGUUGAUGGCAAAAUUGAGACACACAUCACACUCAGCCCUAAAACACCUCCGGGUGACCCACCAGAACCUGAAGAACUAAUUAAAGCCUUGUUAGAAUUGGAAGCGAGUGCCUCCAGUGAUGAAGCAGUAAGAGAAAAAAUUGCAUCCCUUCCCCCAGAGGUGUCUGAGGUGCAGUUAUUGUCAAAUCUACAAGACAAAGAGUCUGCCCUCAAUUUAAGCUAUAUGGUUAAUUCGGCUGUCGAUCUCUUGGCUGAGUAUAAUUUGCGGCUGUCUGACGAACUGGACAAAAGGAGAAAAGUGGACGCCAUGUUGAGGGACUUUGCGCAAGCGCAACAGGAUCUAGCUAAACUCGCCGAAGCUAGGCUCGAGGAGUACAACAUAAUACUGCAAAAGCUGUAUGCUGUGAAAACAGAGUUAAAAUCCCAUAUUGAAAGUCUACCCGAUGUCUCUCGUUUGCCUGACGUGACUGGAGGCCUAGCGCCUUUGCCCUCCGCUGGUGACCUUUUUAGUGCAUGA